AUGUCAGCGUCUAAUAUUCUGCUAGUUACAGGAAGGCCAGGUAUCGGUAAAACCACUUUGGUUUCUCAUGUCUUUGAAGAGCUUCUUAAAAAUGGAAUACAUGCAGUUGGCUUCAAGACUGAAGAAGUUCGACAGUUCUAUUCAGGAAUGUCUGCUCGUUUGGGAUUUGAUGUAGUUCUAUUCGAUUCAUCUCGAACAUAUCCUAGAGCUUCAUUAGCUCGCAUAAUUAGCCAAUCAAGUCAACAAGUACAACGUCAACCUCGUGUUGGUCAGUACCUAGUAGAUAUACCAUCGUUUGAGAGUUUGGCUAUUCCUUGUUUACAGUCUAUUAUAAACGAUUUGGAAAAUGUUUCUUCCAUUAACAAUCUAAGAAAAAAUAAUCUAAUAGUCUGUAUCAUUGAUGAAAUUGGUAAAAUGGAGCUAUGCUCAUCAAAGUUCACUUGUCUAAUUGAAAAGUUGAUUUCAUCAAUUUCGAAUUUACCUACAAAUGGUCAAUGUGAUAUAAAACAUCCUACAGUUGUUCUUUUGGCUACUGUACCAUCACCGAGAAGACCAGAUGGUACACGUGGUAUUCCGUUUGUCGAUCGUAUCUGCUCGAUGAAGGAGGCUUCGAUAAUCGAGAUUGAUAUCUCGAAUCGUGAUAAAACUGUCCAAGAAGUAACGGAAAGAAUACUAAGAUGUAAAUCAUCGUAG